UUACACAAUCUCAUACACAACUCAAAUCUAAUAAGUAACACCUCUAAACAAAGCAGAAAUGAGAAAUAGUGAGGGUCAAGAAACACAUGUUCUAUUGGUAGCACUACCAUUUCAAGGUCAUCUUAAUCCAAUGCUCAAAUUCGCCAAACAUCUCUCACGACCGAACCUCCGCUUCACUCUCGCCACCACCGAGAAAACCCGUGACCUUCUCUUCACCGCUGCCACCACCGCAGACGAAGAACAUCACCGUAGCCUAGUGGACCUUGCUUUCUUCUCCGACGGUCUGCCUAAAGACCACACAAGAGCCGCAGAUUCUCUCAUACCAUCGUUGAGAAAAGUCGGAGCCAAGAACUUGUCGAAAAUUGUCGAAUCAAAGAGAUUCUCUUGCAUCGUCACUGUGCCUUUUGCUCCAUGGGUUCCAGGUGUUGCAGCUGCAUAUAACAUCCCUUGUGCAAUCCUCUGGAUCGAAGCUUGUGGAGCUUUCUCGGUUUAUUACCGUUACUACAUGAAGACGAAUGCUUUCCCUGAGAAUCUCGAAGAUUUGAAUCAAACGGUUGAAUUGCCAGGUUUACCAUUGUUGGAAGUUGGAGAUCUCCCUUCGUUUCUCUUGCCUUCUUCAGGAAGUCAUUUCAAUAGCCUAAUGGUGGAGUUCGUCGAUUGCUUGAAAGAUGUGAAAUGGGUUUUGGUUAAUUCGUUCUACGAGCUCGAAUCAGAGAUAAUCGAAUCGAUGUCUGAUUUAAAACCCAUGAUCCCAAUUGGUCCUUUGGUUUCUCCAUUUCUGUUGGGAGCUGAUGAAGAAGACAAAACCCUAGGUGGUAAAAAUCUUGAUAUGUGGAAAUCGGAUGAGUAUUGCAUGGAGUGGCUUGACAAGCAAGGUAGGUCUUCUGUUGUUUACAUAUCUUUCGGAAGUUUGCUCAAAUCGUCGGAGAAUCAAGUCGAGAGCAUAGCAACGGCUCUGAGAAACAGAGGAGUUUCGUUUCUCUGGGUGAUUAGGCCAAAGGAGAAAGGCGAAAACGUCGGCGUUUGCAGGAGAUACUCAUCAAUCAAAAUUGUGAGUGUAACUCCAGCAAAGGAGAAUGAGAAAAAGACGAUGACAAAAGCAGAUGUGAAAAUCAAGGAUUAUGAUUUGUUUUUUGAAACUGGUGAGAAGAUGAAAAGAAAUACGAAGAUUGCAAAACCAAAGUCGUAUAAUCCGUUUGCAAUAGCAGAUCAAAGUAAAGUUCAGUGGCUAGACACUUGGAUGAAGAUAGACAAACCUAUCACCGUGAACUUGGGCACUUUUAAUGCAGACAAACAGUUUUUUUCUGAGCUUAUUGUGCCACAAUUCUGGUUAAGUGAAGAUCAUAUUGACGUUGGCAUAAAGCUGAUAUCAAAAGUCUACCCAAAGUUCUCACAAAACCAGAGAAACUUUGACUGGAGCGGUGAGUUAAUUGAUUACUAUAAAGGUGUUUUACCAAGGUGUGAAAGUACAAAUAAGAGACUUGGCGUUGAUGUCGAUGAUGUCUACCUUGUGCUAAACAUUAAAAGUGUUCAUUGGAUUGCUUUGGCUAUCUCAAUUCCUCACCAGCAUAUUGAAGUGUACGACAGUAUCAUUUCGCUAACUAGCGAUGAUGAGAUAACAGAGUUGGUGAGGCCAUAUGCACAUAUACUUCCAUAUCUUCUCAAAUCAUUGGCUUCACCAGCUGACCAAUACGGAUUAAGUACUGAUGAGUACACAGUAUCAAGAUGUAGAAGAAUUCCACAGAACACUCAAACGGGUGAUUGUGGAGUAUAUGCUAUGAAGUAUAUCGAGUGUCUUGCCUUAGACAUAGAUAUGAAUGUUGGACUGUCAGAUGAAAACAUCAGUGAUAUCCGGCAAAAGUUUGCAACGGAUAUGUUCGGAGAAGCCAACCAUUUUCAAAAUCUUUAG